AUGACCGUUCAAGUUCCAUUCUUCCCCUUCCUGGGCUUCACCGCCGUCAUUGCCCUGGGAAUUGGCAAGGGUUCCGAAUCUAUCAGUAUCGAGGCAGCACUGAAAGUCCUGCUGCCGGGGGCGACAUUGCUCUAUACACUGUACUACUCAUGGAUCUAUCCGUGGUAUGUCUCACCAUUGAGACAUAUCCCAACGGUUCCAGGAUUUCCUCUCUGGGGCCAAUUUUUGACCAUUGUCACGACUGAGUGCGGCGUGCCCGCACGCGAAUGGCACCAGAAGUAUGGCCCAAUCGUCCGGUACUUCUUUCCUUUCGGCAGCGAAAGGCUCUCCGUUGCGGAAGACGAUGCCAUCAAACACAUGACGGUCAGAAACCCAUACAACUACCCCAAACCAGAACGUGCAAGAUUAUGGAUGAUGCCUAUUCUUGGCGAAGGCGUUCUACUCGCCGAGGGACAGACACAUGUCAUCCAGAGAAAGGCACUUACCCCGGCAUUUUCUAUCACUUCCAUUAGAUCGCUAAUGCCUGUAUUCUGGGCCAAAUCUUUGCGCAUGGCGGAGCUCUGGGAAAACGAGAUGGCGGCGGAAAAGACCUCGAACAAGUGCUUUGAGGUAUUGGAAUGGCUAAAUAGGACUACUUUGGACAUCAUCGGUCGCGCUGGACUAGGUACCGAUAUUGACUCACUUGACAAUCCUGAGGCCCCUUUGCGAGACGCAUAUCGACGCUGUUUCGACUUCAGUCUGUCGGCACGAGUUAUCAAUGGCCUUGCGGCUUUCACCAGUCUUAUCCGUCUGGUCCCCGCACGUUGUAACCGGGAUAUCGCUAUGGCACGAAAUAUCAUCCUUAGUCGUGCUUCGGAGAUCAUCGAGGAAAAGCAACAAGGCGUUAUUUCUAAUAAGCAAAGUCGCCCGAGAGACAUCAUCGGACUCAUCGUCAAGGAUAAUAUGGCAGCAAGCGAGGAAGACACCCUGUCACUGGAAGCGAUGCGCAACCAGGUGAUGACAUUUCUUGGAGCCGGGCAUGAUACAACGGCGACUUCGGUGGCGUGGAUGCUGUUGCUGCUUGCCAAAAAUCCAGACAUCCAGGAAAAAUUGCGCGGAGAGAUCCGCUCAAAACUACCUUUUCUCUUCAAUCCCAAGUCUCGAGAGGACAGUGACAAUAUCGAGAAAGCCGAUGUGGACCUACUCCCGUAUCUCGAAGAUGUCUGUAAAGAGUCUCUACGCUAUAUUCCGUCUAUCCCCAUGACGGUCCGAAAAACAAUCGAGGACGAUACACUCGGAGGAUAUUUCAUCCCUGCUGGAACCACGAUCUACCUGAUGGCGAACACCAUCAACCGUCUCCCCAACUACUGGGGUGAAAAAGCUGACAAGUUUGACCCAUCGCGCUGGCGGAGCCUGCCCCCUACGUACACGACAAACGCGUUCAUGACAUUCUUACAAGGUCCGCGCGGCUGCAUUGGUCGCAAAUUCGCCGAAGUGGAAAUGAAAACUAUCUUGUGCGCUUUGCUCAGCAAAUUCACAUUUGAGCAAGAUUUGUCGGUCCAGGAUCCGGAAGAGUUGAAGAUGUGGAGGCUGGUCCUGAGGCCCAGGGACGGUGUGAGCCUGAAAGUGUCUCUCUUGGGGGAUGAGGCAAAGCAUUAG